AACAGUGGACCCCCGCACCCCACCAAACCAACCCAAACCAUGAUGCAGUGCACUCCGCUCCUACAGUGCACAUCCAGCCCCUCCUGAGUAAUACUCCCUCACGCUCACUCUACAAGUAUAUCCUCACACAAUGGGCACCAGCAGCAAUCCCAAUCCAGCAUCCCAACCCCAAAUAAUCGACGACAAAACCCCGCACAUCCUCCCAUUUAUCCUACAUCACCUAAGCAUCCACCAAAAAACCCACGCGACAAGACCCUUCAUCAUCGGACUCAAUGGAAUUCAAGGAGCGGGAAAAACCACUCUCGUAAAUACGCUUUAUGAAAUUCUUACUCGAGAUCAUGGACUGGAGACGUUGGUAUUGAGUAUUGAUGAUUUGUAUUUGACGAGGGAGGAUCAGGAGAAAUUGGCGAGGGAAAAUGAGGAGAAUAGAUUGGUGAAGUUUAGAGGGGAACCGGGUAUGUAAAUAUAUUUAUUUUAGUCUAUUAUUUAUUCUAUCUCUUCUAUUUACAUUUGAGAUUACAACAACAGCCCCAGCCUACCCUCCACAAACAAGCCAGGCUAACCCUCAACCCGCAACCAGGCACCCACGACAUCCCCCUAGCCCACGCCCUCUUCACCUCCCUCCUCCAAUCCCCCCCAAGCGCAACCCGUAUCCCCAUCUACGACAAAUCCCUACACUCUGGCCUCGGCGACCGCAGCCCAAACUACCACAUCGUAAACGAUACAACACAAAACCAAAAACCCAUCCAAAUAAUCAUCUUCGAAGGCUGGUGCGUCGGUUUCCGCUCACUCCCGCAAUCAAUCAUCUCCGAAAAACAGCAACACAGUCUAUCCCUCCCCGCAACCUCCACCUCCACCUCCACCUCCACCUCCACCUCCCCCGCCAAAACCCAAACCUACACCUACACCACUCUCCGCGACCACCCCCUCUCCUCCCUCCUCUUCAUCAACCAAAAACUCCAAGCCUACGACACCAUAACAAACACAUUCAACAUCUUCAUCCACCUCGACGCGCAAGACACGCAAUACGUGUACGAAUGGAGAAAAGAGCAAGAAGAAGCUUUGCGACGGGAAAAGGGUUCCGGAAUGACAGAUGAACAGGUAAAAGAAUUUGUCGACGCUUAUUAUCCCGCGUAUGAAUUAUUUCUCGAUGGAGUGCGAGGGGAUUUUAAAGGAAGGAAGCUGAAGGGAAAGAGGAAGGGGAAUGGGGGGGGAAGCAGUUGCGGUUGGUAGUCGGGAAGGAUAGGAGGGUGGUGGAUGUAGAGAAGAUUUGAUGAGUGACAAAUGUGUGGUUGGGUUUGAGUUUGAGGUAGGUUUUGGGCUUGAGAUCGCUUGACUAGAAUUAGAUGUGAGAUGUGAAGGGGAGUGUGACUUGAAAAUCAUUGAGACCAUACAUACCUACCAACCUACCUACCUAAUCAUAACCUUAAUCAUGGCUGCCAAAU